GGGAGCUGUUUAGGCAACCCACGACCCUUCCUAUAUUAAUCGCCGAUCCGAGCUCACUUCACUAUUCGCGCUCGCAGAGACUCGAGGAGAGACAAGAAGCGAUGGGGGUGUCCAAGCUCACGAUAGCCACGCUUCUGCUCGGACUGGGUUUAGCGGUAUGCGCGUGUGCGCUGGUGGGCGUGGGCGCCUGUCUGCCCGUGCAUAGCUCAGUACUGGAGACUCUGCUGGGGUCAAAGAUCCUCAUGUCGGGUAAUAGUUCUGACAUUCUGGGGUCAACCUCAAAGUUACCGGCGUCAGGAUCGUUGGGCUCAGGAUGGCUGACGUCGGAGUCUCUGGGACUGGGGGCCCGGGUCGCCUGUCUUGGAGGUGCUGCUCUUCUCAGCCUCAUCGCCCUGCUUCUCGUGGUGGCCGCCUGGUAUCAGCUGUGGCCCCUCCUGAUCCUGUUCAUGGCGAUUGCUGUGAUCCUGAGUUUGUCUGCAAUCGUCGCUGCUCAAUAUUUCAUCCCAGACACCGAGCUGAUUGCCUGGAUUCGGGCGCGGGGCUCAAAGCUUCUUCGGCACGAGUUUGAAUCCAACCUCGUGCUCGCGUCGGCAUGGAACCAUGCAAUGUCAGAGUUUCAGUGCUGUGGGGUCAGCAGUGCCUUAGAUUUCGACACCAUCCCCAAGGCCUGCUGUGGGCCGCAUCUCAACUCAACCUGUCAGCCAUACCCACAGGGCUGCCUGGACAAAUACAUUGACAUCCUGCAGGACCACAAAAGAGUCUUCAUCCAAGUCGCCAUAAUCUCUACACUCAUGCUGGCUGUUGCAGUGGUAAUGUGCAGCCUUCAACUCUACAAACUCAGCAAGGAGAUGACGAAGUCUCCGCGAGACGUUUAUGUGUCCUCAGAAGACGUAGCUCCAUUGCUCUAACGGGAUUGCCUUCCCUACGCUCACAUAAACAGUUUUAGAUGGCGAUUGUUUGUAUGUUAUGACCAAAGACCAUUUAAGGUUUUUCGCAAUUAGAUAUGUGUCGUAUUAUAUGAUUAAUACAUAAUUUAUUUCUAAUCAAUUUCUUCCCAAAAUCAGUGAUUGUGUAUUACAGUGUUAUUUUAUAACAGUGUUAUUUUAUAACACUGUAAUCACUGAAAUACAUUAGCUGAGUGUGUGACUGUAGUGGUAAUCGAUUAUUGUUUUGUAACAAUCGAUAGUUUUACAUUCGAUAUGUUGCACAGUGGUUAGAAUACUGUGAUAUGAACCCGGCAACUUGAGUUCGAUCUUUUUGAUUUCGAUAAUAUACAAGUUGUUUCAUAAUACGUACACAGACAGUUAAAAUAUGCCAUUUGGUUUGUACGCUCUAUUAAGGGCGAUUUGGGGUGGUGACAUGGGCUAGUAGUAGCGCGUUCGCUUGUUGUUGCAGAUGUUCACAGUUCUAAUCCAGUGGCCACCCUGAUUAAUACUGCAGGUCUAUUAGCCAAAAGCAUGCUCCAUCUACUUCACAGUGAAUGUUGAAGAACCCCUGAUGUAAUUUGCAAGUAAAUUGAUUGAUUUGUAUUUGUUUACGUGGGUAAGAAACAAACUAUUCUACAAUAAUGUCCCGCAGAGUAGCUUGGUGAAAAAUUAAGUUACAGCAACGUAUAAAGCAUAACAUUGCAACAGUGAGUAGCAAACACACUCAAGAAACACGGCCAACACCUAAAAAUAACACCAACACGCACAGGGUUCGCUACCCAAAUUUACAGGAAAAGGGAAAUCUUAAAUCAAGGAAAUAUUUUUUAAAGGUUAGAGAAGGGAGGGAUUUAAGCUGAAACCACAAAGUGAGCUUAUUCCAAAAGUGAGGAGCGGCAACAUGAAGACGAGGCGCUUGUGUGCCGACAUAAGGGUAAACAUUUACCAACAAUUCAAAAAUGACGCAGCAAACUACUCAAUUGGGACUAUCCACAACAAUCAUGCCCCCACCCUGUUCUGCCAAGUUCGUGGGGGGAGGUUGAUAGCACCUCGGCCUCCACCUCCCGUGAUGCUGCCUGUGGUGCGCGGGUCACUGUGUUAUAAUUCGUGUCCAGAGACUCGACUGCAAGAAGCAGUCAAGACUAACUUAACGUUGAUUCCACGACGCGAGGUUUUGGAAUUACUAUCCUGAGGCUCUGUCUCCAGGAGGUGUAGUUUAAUCAUCAGUGUAUUGAGAUGAAUUUGACAAUGUCCUCAGCCUAAUAGGACUAUAAUAUAUUUGCGUUUAUGUACAAUAAUACCCCGAUCUUGAUUUGAAGCUUUCGUGACUACAGGAAUCCAUAUUCUUUGGUUCUUUCGGUAAAGUCACGUAGGUAGAAAAUGAAUAGAUCACGACGUUUCGACCACAACACAAGCAACCGUCAUCUGGCGAAGCAAACACAGCAGGAGAACUGCUACGUCACAAGUUCUCCUGCUGUGUUUGUUACUAUUAAUUUUCUAUCUACGUGACUUUACCGUCUUCCCCUUUUUAAAUCCUUUAUAUUAAGUUUGCUUGCGUGCUUGCUUGCUUGCUUGCUUACGACCGUGCAAAUCUUUCGGUCGUUUUUUAACCCACUUCCCGUGAUCCAAUCGAGCUGACAUUUUCCACACAGACUCGUUGUGCGUGACAAUACAUUUUCGUGAAAAAAUUUUCCAAAAUUUUACACUGUUUAGGGAAUUUUGUAAAAAAAUAUUUAAUUACCAAUUGCUUAAUGCUGGCAGACAAUCAUCUGACCCAUAGGUGGCAGCCAUCUCAAGCCAGAGGACGAGAGGACUCUAGCCGCCACGUAGAUAAAGGAUUUAGAGUGAAAUCUUUGUUUUUACGGGUAAAUUUUACCUUAAUACCACUACCUGAUUUCCGUCGUCUCAACCCACACUUACGUCGCUGACAGCAUCCGGUCCUUGUAUGCAUCGCUUCGGCCUUCGCUUCCACCUACCCUGUACAUUACUUUGAUUGAUGUCGUUUUGAUAUUCGUCCUCGCACCUUUCACGAACAUUCCCGAAGUAAACUGGAGUAUUACUGAACAAUAGAGCGGCUUAGUUCCUCUUUGUAAAUAUGAAUGCAGUCCUUGUAUAUGUUUUAAUUGCCAUGAAAUGCAACCAUGUAACAGUGUUCUUAAACCGUGUAUUUUGUAACAUUUGUAAUGUUAACUUUAAACAUGUUAAACCACGAUUCCCUUUUUAUUCAGGAAAGCCUGAAUCAGAGCUCUACUUUUGAGAAUGUGUUUUUUUUAUUCCUUUGAUUGUUUUGCAUAUGAACUGUAUUUAUGUUGACAAUAAUCACAAGUGUGUAUUAUGACUUGGCAAUUUUGAUAUUUUUUUUUACUGUGAUGAAACGACUUCAAAUAUAUGGUUUCUUACCGAAAAUUUACUUUCGAAGAGAGUCUU